UGGACCCCUCUCCUAACAUGAUUGUGAGAAAAUGCCAAUAUGGCAUCCUCAAUCACCCCCCACACCCCAUAUGCUGCGACUCCAUCCAUCAAGGGAGAAGAGAAGAGGCUCUGCAAAUCCACAUCUCCAUUGUUGAAGGGAGCUCAAUCAAGCAAGAAGCUAAAUCAAGAAGGAAGAGUUGCAAAAAAAUAGAGAAAAACCUUGGGAAUAAAGGUAUUCAAGGAACUUUCACGGAGUUGAAAAGGUCGCCGGAGUUGUCGCCGGAGUUCGUUGAAGUUCGCCGGAGUUUCGUCGGAGCUAAAUCGGGAAGGCUAGAACUUCAUAAGCUUCAUUAAGGUUGAGGCUAGAGUCCUACUACCUGCACCUUUGCCUAGGGUGAUUGAUCGAGAAGGAAGACGUGAAAUGGAGGGUGGACGCAGGAUAACUAGGAGGAACCCGACAGGGCAUGUGCCGGGGGCCACCGGGCAUGCCACUCGGGCGGAAUCACGGACCUCUAGGGGUAGAGGCCGGGGCCAAAGCCGAGGAGGAGGCCGAGGCAGGGGUCGUGGGCGUUCUACCACGCCGACGACAAGUAGCACACGCGUCGGUUCCGUGCACCCGUCAUGGGCCACCGAACCGGACGACUUCACCUAUGCUCCAAGCACGGAGCAAGAGGAGACCCCGUACAACGUGGAGGACUUUGAGGAAGAAGAUGAGGAUGAUGAUCCUCAUUAUGACCGUAUGAGUGAGGUACUGGAAUGGUACCUCGAGAAUAAGGCAAAGCGGGAACAACGGCGCCAAGCUAGACAGGCUAGGCAAACCAUGGGGCAGGGAAGCCGAGGUGCUUCUAGUGCUCCAUCGGGGGCAUUUGGAGGAGACACGAUGGUGCGUAUCUCCAAGUACCUCAAGGAGGCCAGGGCGUUGGGGUGCAAAUCAUUUGAUGGCAAGGGCGACAUAUCUGAAGCCGCCGACUGGAUUAAGAAGCUGAAUGAUGCUUCUAGGGACAUGCAAAUUUCAAUCGACGUGAAGUUGAGGGUUGCCACCAGGUUACUAGAAGGGGUAGCUGCUGUAUGGUGGGAAGGCGUGGAGGGGAAGUUCCACGGUGAAGCCACUUGGGAGGAAUUCGAAGUGGAGUUCUAUAAUCAGUACUACUCAACUUUUGAGGUCAAUCUCAAAAGAAGAGAGUACACGAACCUGAAACAGGAGGAUGGUUGCUCGGUGAGGCAAUUGGAACAAAGGUUCCGUGACUUGGCACGAUUCAUCCCAGAAUACUCAUUGGAUGAAAAUCGUAUGGCCAAUCACUUUUGGGAUGCUCUACAGUUGGACAUCCGUGACCGGGCUACUUACCAUCACAGUAUGACAUUUAGCCAAAUCGUUGAUCAGGGGCUCCUUGGGGAAGCCCAAUGGAACGAGAGGAAGUUGAGAGACGCCGAGGAGGCGAAGAAAAGAAGAUGGGGAAACGCUGGACCCCAAGACCACACCCGGAAGCAUCAUGCUGGGGGUGGCAGUUCAUUCAGGGCGCCGGCACCACCGGCGAAAAGGAACAAAGGUCCAGGAGGGCAAGGGGCCAAACCAGGGAGUACAUGGUCACCGAGGUGUGCAAACUGCGGCAAGAAUCAUGCGGGGAAGUGCAAUGAACCACCCCGGUGUUACAAAUGCGGUAGCACGAGCCACCUCAAAUCCUCUUGUCCAAUGCUGAACGGGGGAGGACCAUCGGGAGCCAUGGGAGGACCUACGACUAGUAGGGGACGUGCGGGGCCGUCUCAGGCCGGCACGGGAAGGAGCGGACCCACGGCUAGCAACGCCGCGUCCGUUAACCAAGGGAGGACCCAAGCACGGGUGUAUGCAAUGACCGAGGCUGAUGCUCGGGCCAACCCGGACUCCAUUGCAGGUAAUCUCUUGAUUUCACACGUAUUUGAUCAUGUAAUGGGUUGAAAAAUCUUCAAAAAUAUGGAGAACCCGAUCGGGUACUCCUAUAGACCCGACCGGGUAUAAGCUAUGCUUCGAGUUUGAAGUGUGCACCCGUUCGGGCAGCCAAGGCAGGAUGCCUUAUUUUUGACAUUUUGAGCAAUACCCGAUCGGGUAUGGCUAUAUACUCGACCGGGUAUGUGUAUAUUUUGAGCUUCGAAGUGUGUACUCGAUCGAGCGUAGAAAACAGGGAGCUUUUAUUUAUGGAUUUUGAGUGAUACCCGACCGGGUAUAGUAUAUACCCGACCGGGUAUUGACAUUUUGCCCGAAUUCGAGGCUGGUACUCGACCGAGCAAGGAUAACAGGGGGGUUUCCCCUUAAGAAUUCGAGAGAUACCCGACCGGGUAGCAGACCCUACCCGACCGGGUAUAGGGUAAUUCUAGGCUGAAAUUUUUCCGUCCGGUCCUUUUCUGUCGGGACGACGACUAGGGUGUCUUACAUGACUUAUAUAUGUAGGAACACUAAAGAUCAACGGUAGGGAUGCGAGAAUUCUC